CUGGCAUUGCCAAUUGAUAUCCUGUCUCGUGACUAUGUACUCGAAACUCUAACCUUUACACUCAGGUUAGGUAUAUUUUAUUACUUUUCAGAAAGAGAUCAAGAGUUCAUAACCACCAUGCGGAUCAACUCGGAGAAACUCUCAAGGAGACCCUUUCCCUGUGGAAGUUCACACCUCCCACUCUGCAGCCUGUGAUUUAACCUGUUCUGGGUUUUAUUUGAGUGACUUUAAUCAGUUUGCUUUAAUGCAUCAUGCGAAACUGCAGCAGCGCAUGACUUAGACGUUUGUUGAUGAGUUGGUGAAGCUGCUGGGGAAAGAUUUUUUUAUUUUAUUGAUUUUUUUUUUCCACCGGGCUCCUCACCUGAUUUGCACGCCACUCCCAGCCGGUGCAGAGCCUCUCCGCGGCCCCCGCGCGGCGCUCAGGAUGGGGACACCGGGAGCGCUGCCUGCGUGGAAAGCCACGAUUUUCUUCUUUAACUUAAUCUCUGCUGCCGUGGCGAAAAGGCACGUCGUGUAUUGGAAUUCUACAAAUGCAAGGUUAACAGAAGGAGAUCUGUCCAUCCAGGUGAAUCUGAAUGACUACCUAGACAUUAUUUGCCCACACUACCCCGACAAGUGGACCCAGGGCCCCGGGCAGCCGGAGACGCUGGCCCUCUACCUGGUGGGAGAGGCCUCUUUCCAGGGCUGUGUGGAGACCAGAGGGGCCAUCAAGAGGUGGGAGUGUAACACCCCCCAUGCUGCGUUUGGACCAGUAUGCUUUACUGAGAAGAUCCAAAGAUUCACCCCCUUCUCGCUGGGGUUUGAGUUCCUGCCAGGGCGCCACUACUACUACAGCUCUCUACCCGCAGAUGAAGGCCCUCCUCUGCCAUGUAUGAAGUUGCGUGUCACCGUGUGCUGCGAGCCCACAUUAGAGGGUUCAAAACAAACACGAGGAACUGUACAUGAAAGCAGAGGCUCCUCCCUGAGGACGGCUUCACCUCCACUCCUCCUCGUCCUCUUAUUGCUGACUACCUGACUUCCUCAUCCGUCCUCACCGCUGACCUCGCACCCGUUUUCCCCAAGAUUGGGAGAUUUUUUUGUUGCUCACCCAUCAAGUACACAAUGCAAUCUACACUCGGGACAGUGAAUGACACAAUGCAAUCUAUGCUAAGCUACUGCAAAUGACUCGUAUUGCCUUGCGACUGGUUUACCUUUGAAAUUCGAGAAAGAAUCCGUUUCUUCUCCAGAAUGUUACUCAGGGACCGACGCGCUGAAUCACAGUGAUUCAUUUCUUGUUCUUUUUCUCGCACCAUUUGUGUCAGCAGUAACACAGAAUAUUACACGCACAGUCAUAAGACUCAGAGCCCACUCUGAAGCCAGAAGACCAAUGACUCUGCCGGGAAGCAAGUUUUCCCACUUUUUCAUCUCCACUUCUCAUUUUUUACUUAUUUUGCUUCUUUUUGAGAACCUGCGUCGUGUUAAAAAGUGGCCUCGUAAACAGAAGCUACUGUACUGAGCGGUUCAGGUCGGAGGUCAGUCUGCUUUAUUUCUCUACAUGGUGAUACAUAAAUAACUGACACAUUUGAACUGUUUCAGUUGCAUCUCAUUAAGAUAGACGUGUUUAAAAACAGUUUUUAACCAAUUAGAUUUAGGAAAUAAAGGUGUUUUAGGAGCAAUUGGGCAAUAUUCUGGAAUCAUCAAGCAGGGCUGCUGCGCCCCCUACUGGGAUCAAACUGGUUGAACUGGAGUUGGACUGGGAUGGCCAUGAACUGGACACACAAGUUAGACACUAGUGCUGUAUCGUAAUAAUGGGACCUGGGACAGAGUUUGUCCUCUCUGAUCGGACCCCCCCUGUUGUUCUGCCUCCCCACUCCUCUCUCUGCCUCAGAAUAUAGCACAGAACAGAGGGGUUUAUGGGUAAAUGGAGAGCCUCGCCUCGCUCCACUGAACACACUGCGGACCACUGAGGAGGCUGAUUGGUGAACAACCAGGUGUGCAGAUAUGCACACAUGCUUUUUGUUCUUUUUGUUGUUUGUUUUUACACAGGAUCCUUGAUUUUAGGUUUUACUGUAUAGUUAAUAUAUUCUACAAAAUGAGAUAUAUUAACUACAUAAUUCAACAUUUUAGUCGGAACUGAUCUCUCGAAUUUAAGUGCAAAAAAUGUGACAUACACAAUGACUUGUAUUCUGGAUAUAUAUGCAUUUACUGGUAUUUUCAAAUUGCUCUGCUACAGUGUAGUUUCACAAAUUAAAUAUGAUUUUUGCCAAACGUUUUUUUAACAAAUUGCCCAAAUUGACUGUCACAGAUUAAGAAAAUAUCUAUUAAUCAAUGAAAAUUAUUUUUUUUUAAUUGAAAUUCGAGAUAAUGUAGGUGUAUUUUUAUUGAAAUUAAAUUAAAUUAAGUUUAUAUAUUUAUGGUUGCAUAAUAAUUUCCCCACAAUUUGAGUGACUUAAGCUCUGAAAAUCUAUAGUUUAAGUGUUUCAUUUAUUAAACAAUUUAUUCUAUCUUAAAAAGAAUAUACUCCAUUGUUAGCACUUCUGUAUGCUGUAACUCACACCAGUCAUGCUAUUUUUUUUAAAGUCAUCUUUUUCUUAGGUUUAUUUCCUAAAUGAAUGAAAAAACCAAAUGUUUGAAGAUAAAGAAUAAUUUCAAAGACGUAGACUUUUACAAUCAUGUACAACAAGGAAUUUGUUUUUCAUUUCUUUGCGUGUGUGUAACGUGUUCUGCUUUCACAUUCUAGUGAAGAAUGUAGCUUCUUCUGUGAAGAGCCAACUGCAAUCUGAGCCUUUUUUGUAUGUGACAACAAAAAUAAAUAUGAUUGCAUUUAAACGCUUUGAGUCGAUUUGUCAGUUAAACUUUUAGAAGUAUUGAUUGUUUUAUGCAACCGCGAGUCUCUGUGAGAACACACACACACACACACAACUUUAUUUGCGGAACACACACGUCAAGUGUAAUACAUGUGUAUUUUCGAUAAGGAGACUUCAGGGACUUGAAAUGACCUUGUGGUGCAAGAGGCCAUUGUAAUGUGAGUAACUUGGUGGAAUAUUGAGCUGAGUUUUUAUCUCUGGGCAGCCAAAGCCUGAUAAGACUCCUAUAGACUCCCGGUAUUAAGACCCUGAAGCAUCGUUGCAAUACAUCAACCUUAAAAUAGUAACUGUAUUUAUU